AAACUCGUGACGUGUUCAGUGUCAAAAAGGGCCCCGAAUUUUCACGCUAAUCCUCGCAAUUUAAUUAGUUUUCCGCGCUGAAGGAGGCAAUUUUGUGGGCAGUCUGCCAGUGGAGUCGCUGCACCAAACGUCGUUGAUGCACUUUCACGUGCUGCUGCGCUAGACGGGUGUUUAUUUGAGGCGGCAGAAGAACAGUCCUCCGGAGGGACUGCAAAGAUGAUGGGCGAGGAGACUUCCAGCCGGAAUGUUGUAUCUCAAUUCUUCUUUAGAAUAUCUCAGUUGUACCAGCAGCAGCUCGACCGGCUGACGCCGCACACGCGUGUCCGAUGGGGCGGAGCGGUUUUUCUCGUGAUUCUCUUUCUGCUGCGCGUCUUCACGAAGCAGGGCUGGUACAUUGUCACAUACGCCCUCGGGAUUUACCACCUAAACCUCUUUAUUGCAUUUCUCACGCCUAAAAUCGAUCCAGCGCUAGAUUUAGACGAUGACCAAGGACCAGAAUUGCCAACACACGCCAAAGAGGAGUUUCGUCCAUUCAUCCGGCGACUGCCCGAGUUCAAGUUCUGGUACGCCGUGGCCAAGAGCACCGUGAUUGGCAUCGUUUGUACCUUCUUCGAGGUGUUCAACGUGCCCGUCUUCUGGCCAAUUCUCGUCAUGUAUUUCAUCACGCUCUUCUGCAUAACGAUGAAGCGCCAGAUCAAGCACAUGAUAAAAUACCGGUAUUUGCCGUUCACCCAUAGUAAACCGCGCUAUCAGAGAGUUCCGGAGACACAGUGACAAUUAAAAGCACAAUCACUGCAGCCCCAGAGCGUGGCCCCGCAGCCGGAAGCACCGCGGGAGGCCGAGAUGUCAGCCAUCUCGACUGUUUGAGCUACGCAGGGGAUUUUUCUCAAGCCAUUUUGCCUCUUUUGUUCACCACCCCCUCAAUUUUACCGGAUUCUCACACGCCACAUCCUCUGAGGAUGCCCGUGGGCGGCACAAGGAGACAAAAUCACCGAGGAAAAUGUUCGGAUGACCAAAAACGCAGUGAAUUGUGCUUACUUUGGACGGUAUUUUCUUUCUGCAACCCAACACGAUUAUGUUGAUGGAAACCACAUUUCUAUUAAUUUAACAAGUCUCUGUAGUGAUUAUUGGAUGCUGGAUAGACAGAUUAAUUAUAAUUUGUAAUUAAAUAACUAUUGGAUUGAAGUUUUCUGGCCAUUUU